UGUGCUUCUGACGUCAGGCGGCUUUUGGUUCAUUCCCUGGCACGGGGACUUUAUUUUCAUAACAGCAUGAAGUGCCGUGGAACUGGAAUAGGCGUGUCCUCUCCCCCGACCCUCCCGCCCCUUGUCCCUCUGCUCACCCCCCUAGCUCCCUCCCUCCGGCGAUAGCGCCUUUAUAACUGCUUGGCGCGGCCAGGGAGAGAUCUCUGCCCGAGGACUUCCCCAGCACCAACUGGGUCCCGUCCUACCCUUUACGCGCGGGAGGCAGCGCCAAAUUCACCCGGGACGAGAAUGACUACAAAAGCCCCAGAUGGUUGCCGCUCAGACCUGAACAGCAAGUACAACAGACUUUGUGACACAACUUUAAUUUGGGGUAUCGUCCUAGAAGCAUUGGCCGCGGUUGGGAUUGUGACCACGGUGGCCUUCCUGCUGUCUCUCCUGAUCCUCAUCUGCAAGGUUCAGGACUCUAACAAGCGGAAAAUCCUCCCCAUCCAGUUUCUCUUCCUCUUGGGUGUGCUGGGGGUUUUCGGCCUCACCUUUGCCUUCAUCAUCAGGCUGGAUGGCACUACGGGGCCCACACGUUUCUUCCUCUUUGGGGUCCUCUUUUCCAUCUGCUUCUCUUGCCUCCUGGUUCAUGCUCUCAACUUGACGAAGCUGGUCCGUGGGAGGAAGCCCUUCUCCCUGCUGGUGAUGCUGGGCCUGGCUCUAGGCUUCAGCCUGGUGCAGGACGUCAUCGCUGUUGAGUACCUUGUCCUCACCAUGAACAGGACCAAUGUCGAUAUCUUUUCUGAGUUUUCUGCUUCUCGUCGCGAUGAAGACUUCGUCAUGCUGCUCAUCUAUGUCCUCUUCUUGAUGGCGCUAACCAUUCUCGCAUCCUCCUGCACCUUCUGCGGACCCUUCACUGGUUGGAAGAGACAUGGGGCCCACAUCUGCCUCACUGUGGUCCUCUCCGUUGCCAUCUGGGUGGUGUGGAUCACCCUGCUCUUUGUUCCUAACCCUGACUCCACCUGGGAUGACACCAUCCUCAGCUCAGCCCUGGUGGCCAAUGGCUGGGUUUUCCUGUUGGUGUAUGUUGCACCCGAGUUCCACCUGCUCACGAAGCAACGAAACCCCCUGGAUUACCCCGUUGAGGAUGCCUUUUGUAAACCUCAACUCAUGAAGCAGAGCUAUGGUGUGGAGAACAGAGCCUACUCUCAAGAGGAAAUCACUCAAGGUCUGGAAGAGAUAGGGGAUACGCUCUAUGCCCCUUACUCCACCCAUUUCCAGCUGCAGAAUCGGACUCCUCCAAAGGAUUUCUCCAUCCCACGGGCUCAGGCUCGGGCCAGCCCUUACAAUGACUACGAAGGAAGGAAAGUGGGGAGUUAACUCUGUUCUGAAGAGUGGGAUGAACACAGCCAGCAGACCCAGCCAGGAGUCCUCGGGGAUGUGGGCUGCCUCCUGAGUCUUCUAAGAAAACUGCAUAAAACAUCACAAAACCGCUUGCCUCCCUCCCAGCCUCAAGCACUCUUCUGUCCUGGAGCUGGCGGGGGCUGACACGGCUCCAGUGCGUGCGUGGUGGCUCUAUAGUAGAGUUCCUUUGUCCCCCAGUUAGGACAGUAUCAUAAGUUGGACUCUCUGGCAACUCGGGGUUAGUCUCUCACCAUGGCUCUCACGUUACACGCGACGGAAGCGCUGGCCACCUGUCCUCAUACUGCUUGUUCAGCUCUAGGAGCCAACGCGCCCAGCUCCAGAGGGUUUGUGACUUGCUUGGCCUGGAGCAGAGCUAUGCACCUGAGCAAGGACAGCCAAGGCCUGUCUCUUGGCCCCAUCCUGCCUAAAUCCACACUGGAAGCCAACUUCUUGGCAUACCCCCCCCCCCUUGUCUUCUUGCCUGGGUACGAGGGGCUACACGGACGUAUCUCUGAGGUGCUGCUCUCAUAUAGGGUGGCCUCGAGGCUUCCCAGCACCCAUUCACAGGUCAGCCUCCCUUUUUGCCCUGUCCCCAAGCUUGCUGCCGGUGCCCAGACCUAUUCUCCCACACACAAUUUGCCAGGAGUUCUUCCGGACCUCACCGGUGAGAACAGCCUGGAGAAUCCGUGUGCUGUGCUUGCCCUGAGCCCCUGGCUCCCACUCUCCCCCAUCCCUGACCCCUCAGCCUCUGUACAUAGAUUUACACUGUGUUCAGCCCCCCACGCAUGCUCUGUAAGCGGGUAUUGUCUCUGGUGGGGCAGGGUCCGUUGUGCGAUAAGUUAUUCACCUGGAUAUGUAAUAAAGAUGCCGUGGCAACUCCUUCACUGUGUCAGCAGCUGUGCAAGUGACAGGCACCAGCACGCUGCCAGGUGUCCUGCCGGAGCCAAAGUCAAGGCCCAGUUCCACUGGGGUCGUGCUUCCCUUC